CGACCAUUGGCCAGCGGGGGUGCCCGUCCCGCGGCCGAGCGGCGGCCGCGGCGGCGCGCGGGGGAAGAUGUCGGGCGGCGACGCCAAGAAGCUGGUGCGGUCCCCGAGCGGGCUGCGCAUGGUGCCCGAGCACCGCGCCGCCCGCAGCCCCUUCGGCCUCGAUGAGCCGCCGUGGGUGCCCGACAAGGAGUGCCCGAGAUGUAUGCAGUGUGAUACAAAAUUUGACUUCAUAACUAGAAAGCAUCACUGCCGGAGGUGUGGGAAGUGUUUCUGUGACAAGUGCUGCAGCAAAAAAGUGCCUCUGCCUCGCAUGUGCUUUGUGGAUCCCGUGCGCCAGUGUGCGGAGUGUGCCCUGGUCUCACAGAAGGAGACGGAGUUCUACGACAAACAGCUCAAAGUGCUCAUGAAUGGUGCUACAUUCUUUGUAACUCUUGGAACAUCUGAUAAAUCUGAACUUAUGGUUUGUCGACUUUCCAGCAACCAGAGAUACCUGGUUUUGGAUGGAGACAGCCACUAUGAAAUUGAAAUUAUACAGAUUUCAACAGUUCAGAUACUCACAGAGGGAUUUACUCCUGGAGAAAAAGAUAUUCACACUUACACCAGCCUUCUGGAGAGCCAGCCUGUUACUGAAGGAGGCAACACUCGUGCCAUAGGUAUGAUUCUGCAGUACAAGGUACCUGGGUCGGAGGAGGUAACGCAGAUGAAAUUCACGGCCGGUGAGGACUUCAACUGUAACAGGAAGCUGUCAGCAAGUUGGCUGGCUGCUAUGCAUAAGGCAACAAAACUUCUCUAUGAGUCCCGGGACCAGUGAGAACUGCAGACUUGGCCUCCUGAGGGAAGACACAGACACCAGCCUCCACAGACCUGCCUCUCACUUUUUGCUGAUUUGACAGCUGGAAAUAUUUGCUGUUCUUGACUCUCUCAUUCCAGUGUGGUUCAUUAUGUAAGAACUGGCAAAUGCAAUGUGAGUAUUUUUUGAACCAUGAGUAUUCACGGUAGUGUGCAAUAUGUAUACAGUUAAUGCUUUAAAAACAGCCUCAUCUUUUAAGACUUUGUAUAUUUUGUUAAGCCUUUACUGGCACUUAAUAUGAAAGUGACCUGCACUACAGCUAAUGUACAGCACAACUUUUAUAGUAACAAUUAUAUAAACUGUUUGCUACAGAAAGCAAACAAAUGUGUAUGUCUCUUCUGCAGAGAAUAGCUUUUGGGUAUAGAUCUCAGGUUUUUCCCUCUAUCCAAAUGUUUAAAAUCAAUGUACAAAAAAAAUCUGCCUUAGAUAUGAUUUUAUAGAAAUCACUUGGGUUUUUUUAAACAUUUCAUUUUCGACAUCUAAAUAUUUCACCAAAUACCACCAAAUUUGACUUACAUGAACAUGACCUUGAAACUUCACUUCUGUAAUAAAUAAGCUUCCAGAAUAAUUUUUAGUUUUGUAUUUUCUUUUUUGGUAACUAGCUUUUGUUAAUCUAACUGUAAUACUAUCGAAAUUGUAUACAACUUAAUGUACAAAUAUGAAUAAAUUAAUUCACUUAUUUAAAAAAA